UUGCACAUCAUGGAACAGCAUGGCACAACCUAGCACAGCAUGGCACGGCAUGGCACGGCACAGCUCGCUUUGGCACAGCACAGCUCGGUGCAUCCCUCCAAGAGGUCCAACGCCGCAGUGCGUGCCCGCAGCAUCAGGACAGGGUGUCCCAGCCCACCCAGCACAGCGACACUCCCGUCACCGCCGCCCUCUGUCCCCGAGCGAGGCGCACAAGGGGACGCUUUCUGCGGGGACAAGGGGGCUCUGUGCAGGGCCCGCGGUGCCACCCGGCCCCGCCGCCCCGGGGGUCACACGGCCGCGCUGCCAGCGCCCCGGUGACGCCGUGCCCUCGUGCCUCACUGGGGCUUUGUUUUGGCCGCGGGGGACAAUUUGUGCUGGGGACCAGGAGGCUGCGUCCCACGGGACACGCAGCCAUCGCGCCGCCGAGCCCUGCGUGCUCCAAACACCCAGACCUGGCCUCGGAGCUCCAGGUGCAGCCUGGCAGCGGAGUCAAAAACACGGUGUGGGGUUUGGAAAAGAAAAGAGAAGAGAAAAAAAAAAAGAAGAGCCAACAAAAAGACACCAACCCAGCUCUUUUGCUUACCUUGCUCUUCUUGCUCGCGAGGCUGCGGUGCUUGGCCGGGCCCGUGGCGGGUGUGCGGGCAGCAGAGGGGGACGUUUCUGUUGCUUUCUCUUUUGUUUUUGGUAAAAGUGAGGCAGGCACUAACACCUCACGCUGUGCUGGCAGACGCUUGCUCUGCCUUGGGAAAAGCCGCUCGUAGCAGAAGAGGAAACGGCAGCCAAGGCAGCGGGGUGCUGCUGCGAGCCCGGGGGGUGCCGCUGUGCCCUCGGGGGACCGGGAACCCCAAAAAGAGGGGGACCCGGGGAGGACGGAGCCCGAAAGCUGGGGAUCCCCGAGCAGCCCAUGCUGGGGUGGUUGCUGCUGGCGCUGGCGGCGCUGGCGCGGGGCGGCACCGCCGAGCCCCCCGACUUCUCCUGCUUUAAGCAAUGCAGCUCCUGCGACUUCCUCUGCUCCUGGCCGCCCCGCGGCCCCGCCGGCAACACCACCUACGUCCUGGUGCUCUGCUACGCGACGUCGCGGACGUGCCCGCGGUACGAGGCGGGUGCCGCCACGACCUACACCCUGCCGCGGCACCGCGUCUACGUCCUCACCAACACCACGGCCUGGGUGGAGGCGCGGUGGGGACCCCACCUGCACCGCAGCCCCAACCUCACCCUGUACCUCAACGAGGCCGUGAAGCUGGAUCCCCCCCCCGACGGGAUGAAGUUCACCAAGGCCAAGGGGUUCCUGCAGCUCCGGGUGCCACGGCCGCCGUUCCGCGGCAGGGACCGAGCGCUGAGCAGGGAGGCUCGCUUCCGCGGGGUGGGCAGCCUCAGCUGGACGCAGGUGCUGUGCGAGACAGGGAAGAGCGAGGACAACAAGGAGGACCCAGUGACCUGUGACCUGGGGGGAAACGCUGCCUUUGAGGUCCAGCUCCGGCAGAAGACGCAGCACUGGAGCAGCUACUGGAGCGACUGGAGCAAAUCCAUCUUCGUCCCUGAGGAAAUCCUGGAGAGCCCAGAGCUGAGCUUCCAGCUGGGAAACCUGGGGAAAAACGGGCAGAGGCUGCUGCAGCUGAGCUGGCAGAGAGCUCGCGAGGAGCAGGGGAACGUCACCUACACGCUGAGCGCCCACAUGCCGGCGUGCCGCUGCCCCACGCUGCCCGAGGUCGACGAGGUGGUGCUGGGACCCGAGGUGACGGUGCACAACCUCACCCUCUGCGGGGCCGAGUACGAAAUCCUACUGACGGCAACCAACGCCGCCGGCACCAGCCCCACGCGGCAGCUCCACGUGCCGGCCGAGCAGCACGCAGAGCUCAGCUUUAAGGACGUCAGCUCGGCCGGCGAGGCGGUGAUGGUGCGAUGGGAGGCGCCGAGCCACGGCUUCGUGUACUGCUUCGAGCAGCAGCCGCUGCCGGGAGCGCCCCAGCAGGGCCUCUGCGUCCAGCAGGAGUUCCCUGCAAAGAGCUCCCACCUGGAGAGAGGGUCGCUGGAAGCUCCGGCGUGUUACCGGCUCGCCGUGCACGGCCGGAGCGCGGGGCAGGAUUGGGCCACCUUCGCCCUGCAGCAUCAUUUCACCGGCAACACCUCGCUGGCCGCCUCCAUCCACAUCAACGCCAGCGCCGAGGCCGCCGUCCUCCGGUGGGAACCGUCCCCCCGUGCCGCCUGCCCCGGGGCGCUGGCGAGGUACCUGGUGUGCCACGCGGCUGAAGGGGACAACGUGACGUAUGGUGAAGCGGACGCGUCGGCCUCGCGCUACACCCUCCGAAACCUGCGGCCGGGCACAGCCUACCGGGUCGGCAUCCAGGAGGUGGCGGCGGACAGCGGGGGCACCUGCAGCACGCCGUGGCACUUCCAGACCAUGGCGCUGGGUCCCAGGCUGGCAGCGUGGAAGUCCAACCUGAAGUACCUGGGCAUCUCGCUCGGGCUCCCCGCCGUCGCCGCCGUCAUCUACCAGCUGAGCAAAAGGAGGGCCCGGCAGCUCCUCUUCCCCCCGCUGCCCAAGCCCGUGGGCAGCAGAGCCAUCCAGUUCUCGGCCAGCGAAAUGAGCCAGGACAGGCCCUGGAAAGGCUUCGCGGAGCCCUCGGAGAAAUUCUACCUCGCCGAGCUGCUGGUGACGGAGCUGAGCCCCGAGAAGGAGGCGGCCGGCGGCACGAGGCCCCGCACGCCGCAGCCCAGCCCCAAAGAACUGACGGAGCUGGGGCAGCCGGGCUGCAAGAGGGAGCUGCCCGUUGAGUACCGGCGGCAGGAGGUGCUGAGCCCGCUGCCGAGCCCAGCACCGGCAGAAUCCGGGGGGGGUCCCACCUGCAGCACCGGGUGCUCCGGCCACCAAACGGAGGAAGGCGCGGGGAGUUGGGGGCUUCCCUAGCCGCUGGUUCCCUUCGCCCUGCUCAUCCCCGACAAGCCCAUCACCAUCAGGGACGAGGAGGGCUCGGAGCUGCUGCAGGAGAAGUCGGUGCUGUUGUGAGCGCGGGGAUGGGGCAGGAGGGGGACGAGGGGGGUCCCACGGGCACCCGGGGGGAUGCUGAGCACCCAUAGGGGGGAUGCUGAGCGCCCACCCCGAGGCAUGGCCCCAUGGGCUUGCGGCACUUUCUGGGGGGUUUCUGAUUUCCAGGAGCUGCUGCUGAAUACAUCAAUACAGCCCGUGGUGCUGUGCCUGGCAAGGCACAGAGCCCUUAGCAAUAGAACCCGAGGGCAGGGAGCUGUGGACCCGGCUGGGGACGUUUCCUCAGCCACGGGAAGGCCGCUUCGGGACGGCGUCGGAGAGCGAACGCCUCGAGCCAGCCCCUGCAGGAUGGGGGCACAUCCAACCCCAACUGAUCACCGGCUGUUCCAGGCUGUAAAAAUUAAAGAAAAACCAAACGCACGAA